CACAGUGCUGCUCACCGCGUGUUUUGCUUAGUGAGUCACACUAAAUCCCCCAAACGUCUUUUUCAAAGAUAAUUAUUGAAUUAUCAUCACUUACCGAAUACAAAUCGACAACCUUUGUAUUACAUUUACCGUGUUGUCACUGCGUCUAAGCAAUCUUUCUUACACAGUGUUGGUCAAACGCAGCUGCUGAAUAUCCUCAACCAAGAGAUUUGGGGUUUUGCAAUUACGGCAGCAUCGUAGAUGAGCCAGGUUGACACAUACUUUUGGGCUUAAAACUGGUUGUGUUCUCGGGUUUGCUGUUCUUGCGCCUGAUUGGGGCAUUGAAUGAUUAUGGAGAUCAGUAUUUCAGACAUCAUCCAAAAGCUGUCAUCUGGUUUUUCGACCUUAAUUGAUGUCCGGCAAGACUGUUCACUAUCUCAAUUUUUGUUUAAUUUCAUCAUAGACCGACUGCUGGAAAUAACGUUCUCGUCGUCUGAAUUUUUGGUCAUCGAUCUCCUACCAGGAGGUCCACUUAUCGACAUAGAAUACGCAGGUGACAUAAUCCUGUUUGGUGGUAAUGGUAAAAUGCAGUGUCUUAUGGUAACGAUGAGUAUCAAUGACAGGAUGUUUGGGAUGCGUUUCUCCCCCUUGAAAUGCAAGUUAUUGCUUCGGGACUGGCUUUUGCCAACUUACGUCACCUAUGGCGAAAGGGAGAUAUCCGUCUCUCAAUUGAGGGACGAAUAUACUGCAUAGCAUUUCGUUCUGUUGUACUUUAUGGCCGUGAAACAUAGCCGAGAGUCGGUCACCAGCUACCAUGGGACUGCAUCUCCUCACGAUGCCCCAUUUCCUUGUGAGUUAGACCUUUAGGUCCAAGGCUCGGGGUGUAGCCCCCUAAGGAAACUACCUGCCUCAGUCUGGGCACUCGGGCAGUAUCCCCGCCCUCACACAAGUCGAAUGAUUCAUGUGGCGCAUAUCUAUUUGGUGCCUCCUUGUACCAAUGUUUAUGUUUAAAUAAAUAAAAUAAAUAAUAGGUAGAUGCAACGUACCUGGUUAAGGUCUGUGUGAUAACCACGAUCAGUACUUGGAGGCUUCGAGUGAUAUGACUGGAGAUUGUCCAAAAUAGGGCGGAUGUAGUCAGCCUUUAUCUUCCUCUCGAUCUUGAAUCCCAGUAUCUUUUUAUCCAUACCCGUCCUCUCUAUCAUUUCGAACCACUUUCCUAACAUUUAGUUUUCCUUUUUACCAUUGCUGCUACAUUAUUUCGAUCUCUUGUUAUUUUAUUUUGUCACGCUAAUCUUGUAUACGACUUGGGCUAAACACAUUUGUGUCAGGCUCUGUGAUAAUGAUUUCUAUCGACCUAUCCUACAAAUUGAAGGGUCCCAUGUUAUCAACCAAAAAACAUAACCAUUAUUAGUUUGUGGUAUGUGCGGCAGUUUUGCAGUACUUAAAGAGUGUAGAAAUAUGGUUAGUACAUUCUGGAAUUGAAAAAAAAACAAGGCCUGUUCUCCGCAAGUCAGUUUUUCACGAUUGUAUAGAUAAACAAGCCCAAAGGCUACGUAAAAUUGACUCUGGUCUGUUCAUAACCAAAUAUAGAAUACCACAGUUAAGAAAGCUUUUUGAUUAAGUAUGCCUUUAAUGUUGAGUUUACUCUAAGUAUGUACUAAGCCUCUCUUGAUGUAGUCAGCUAAUGGUAAGCUUAAAUCUUUUCCUUUUAUCUCAUCGUAAAAUAGAGGGCUAUUUUAAUCUAACAUCUUGCAUCUGAAAUAAUAACUUUGUUGCUGACGGAUUUUAUUUUUUGAUCUACUUAAGACUAUUAUUCUCUGAGACCUAUGCAAGAAGGUUGAUAGGACACAAACAACUAAGCUCUGGUUGGAAUUCUGCUGUAUCCGCCUAGCCAUCAACAAGUGGGAGAAUUGGUAUUAGCCCUGUUGGUGAAUGCUCUACAACAAUCUCUGUAAGAGGUCUACCUCAAUGUGAUUCGCAUGUGUGAAAAAUGUACGAAAGUAUUCAGAGAGAAGAGUUAUUUGCUAUUUGUUCAAUAUUUCCAGAUUUGAUAACUUCGGUCAAUGGAAUCAAGAAAUUACAUAUACCUGUUGAUUCUGUUCGCGAUCUCGAUAAAGCGAAUUUUCCUGUACAAGUCAGUUUAAAGAUCAGUUCGAUCAUGCGUCCAAGCGGAUUAAAGAAAGUCGUGAUCAUCCACUUAUCUUGUAGUCCUACAUACCCUGAAACACUUCUCAAUUUCCGUAUCAAAGGAGACAAACGAGUCACCAAAACACAAAUAAGUGUUCUUCAUGAUGUUCUUAAGAAGUUGGCUGAAACAAUGAGAGGUCAGAUAUGCAUGAAAGAGCUAAUCGAAGCUAGUCACGAUUUCUUAAAGUCAUUGUCCAAACCCAUCGUUGAUUGUCAAACACUUAGAAAUGAACAAGAUCUCAAUUUAAGAAAUGAUGAUAAUCUAGUAUCUAAAUUAAAAAUGAUUGAACACAUUGAUGAGGCUAUUCAGUGGCGUUUGUCAUUAAAUGACUCAGAAAUCGAAAGAAAAAAAGAAGAAUAUCAACUUUCUGAAAUUUUUUGUCAAUCUGAAGUUCAUGGAUUAGAUACUCAAACAUUAUCAAUGCAUUUGAAUUCUCAUCGUUACCAACCUUCCUAUCCAGAUGUUAUCGAAAGGUGCCCACUAACCAGACAUAUGUCAGUUUGUUCCCUAGAAAUGUUGUACUUAGAAGACUAUAAAAAACUGAAGAAAUACACAAACUUCGAACAGUAUAAAGCAGCGCAUAGGUCCAUUGAAUCAACGUUCAUUGACAUUCAGAGAGGAUGUUGUGCUGAUGGACCGCAUGAUCGAUUCAAUGUUCUCAGUGCAGAUAUUUUUCCGUGUGUUUGCUAUUUCGAUGGAUUGGAUGUAAAAACCGGUGCUUCAAUUCAAUUGCAUGAAUGGGUUUUUCACAACAAUAGUGCUUACUUAACUAGCAAUAACUUUCUGGAUAAUUUCCUUACUCAACUAGCCUACUUUGCCCGACAAGAUAAACAUCCAAAUCUGUGUAGAAUUUUAGGUGUUGAAUGUACCAGAAACUUGCCUGCUUGUGGUAUUGAUAAUGAUGCCUAUCAUCAGAACAUGGAGAAAUCAUGGGAGAACUGGGAUGUUAUUCGUUUAAUCACGGAACGUCCAAAAGGCACAAGUUUGGAGUCUGUCGGAUCUGGAGUAUUUCCUCCAGUUGCUAAUGAGAAACUUGGUCCUAACUUAUUCUCCGUUUCAAAACCUCUCGAAAUCGAUGAUAAAAAAUUGGUGUGGUUACGUUAUGUAAUACACCAGAUCGUUAGUGCAGUUUCUUGGCUUCAUACCUAUUCUUUCGUGCAUAGGAAUUUACAUCCUUCAAAUAUAUUUGUGGACGAAUUAGGUCACGUCACAUUAUGCAGAUAUGAAUUCUUUGCGAGACUUGAUCAAGUCGUUUCUGAAAAUUUAAAACAACUAGGUGUUCAGUUACCCCAAAAAGCAUAUCAAUGUGCUGUUCACUACUUUAAACGUUCCGUACAACAAAGAGAUCUACAUCAACUUGGUCUUGUUAUACUUCAUAUUCUUAUUGGACCAUUACCUUAUGCCAAUUCAACUGAAAUAGCAUCAUUAAUAUCUGAAGUGUUGGACGGUCUGAAAACAACUCAACCUGUUUUUAGAGACUUUCUGCAAACAUGUUUAUCUGCUAAUCAUAAUGAUCGUACUACAUCCGUUGUUGAUUAUUUAAUGUCACAUCAAUUCUUGCAUGACUCUAUUCCUUGUAAUUUUUUGUCAACGAAAUUAACCAAAAUAGAAUUAAAUUCAAGUACAAUGACUAGAACAUCAAAGCAGAUCAAUACUUUAAACAAUCUUGAUGUACAAACUGUUGAAGGGAAUGCAACUUCUAAAUGCCCUCGAUUAUUUGAGGAUUUUACUGAUUUUGUCCUAAUUGGAAAAGGUGGUUUCGGUUGUGUACUAAAGGCGCGGAAUAUAAUCGAAGACCGUGAUUAUGCUAUCAAAUGUGUGAGAGCAUCUAAAAGUCAAACAAAUACAUUAUUUCGUGAAAUUCGUACUCUUUCAGGGUUACAACAUGAAAAUAUAGUCAGGUAAUUUUGUUCUUGUUUUGUCUGAAUAUUCAUUUCACACACUUUUGUCAGCAAACUCGUUAGUCCAGUUUUUAUAAGGAUUAGAUGGUACAUUUAUUUUACCACUCAUAUUACUCAAUAUAUCUGAACGUUUCAAUUAUAUUGCAUCUGAGAGUGCAGUGGUUGUCGUCUAUGGUAUUUGAUGAUUGUCACUCUUUAUCGCAAAUUGAUUGGCGUUGAAUUUACAUCAUUGGAUUUCGACUUGGUGGUUCUAAUGGCCAUUGGUUUAUCUCGUGACAGUAAAGUUCUGGGUUCGAUCUCUGCGAAUUUCCAUACUUAAACGAAACAAGUGUCUGACCGUCUCUGGUACCUUAUUUGUUAUUAAUAUGUGGUGAAUACCAUCUAAAAACAUUACACUCUUUUAACUUGAUUAACGACAAAGUCUUCAUCAUUAUUAUAAUCAAUAUAAUAUGCUUGGUGUUAGGACUUGAACUUUCCUUGUUGUUUUCCACACCGUUUUCUAUUGAUACUGUGUGUAAGUGUUGUAUUUUAAUGAUUCUAUCUCUCCUGUCGUUAAUUGUUUUUAUUAGCUUGUAAAAAAAUUAUUGUUUAUCAACCACAUGUUUUUAGAUCGAUUGAUUGGACUGACUAAAUACUAAUUAUCUUUGUUAUUAUUAAAUAUGAUGCAUAAUUAGAUGCUAUUUGAUAACCAUUGUCAGCUCGUACUGAACGGAUCUGCUGUCCACAUUUUAAAUGUAACCACGGAAACGAAUAAUUUGACGUUACUACCGUUUAACAAUGAAGUACACUGUACUGCUAACAACUAUCAAAGUUUCAUCGUCAACGACACCGAUUAACCGCCGUUAAAAUAUUGUGCGUAUUUAAUCGGUUCAGUGCAUUUAACUUGUUAAAAUCAUCGCUUCAUCAAAUCGAUGCCUCCAAAAUAAGCAAAAAUGUUCAUAAUUGCAUAUUCUUAAGAGAGGUCUUUUUAGACCUUUCAGUAGAUGUCAUCCUACCAAUAAUAAAAAUGGUCAAGACCAUCAGACAAAUCAAGAGUGAUAAAGCAGCAGGACCUGGCAAUAUACCAGCCGAAGCAAUCAAAUCAGAUAUAGAGGUAACUGCAAAAUGCUCCACGUUCUAUUUAGGAAGAUUUGGAAGGAGGAACAAGUGCUGACAGACUGGAAAAAAGGGCACCUCAUCAAGAUACCGAAGAAAGGAGAUCUGAACAAAUGUGAGAACUAUAGAGGCAUCACAUUAUUGUUAGUAUAAUGAAAGGUUUUUAACAGUGUUGUUGAACCGGAUGAAAGAUUCAGUAGACGUCCAGCUUCGAGAUCAACAGGUCGGAAUUCGUGAGGAUCAAUCGUUUGCCAACUAAACUGCCACACUAUCGAUCAUUUGUGAACUUACAGUUGAAUGAGACUCGUUACUAUACAUAAGCUUUAUUGGAUAUGAGAAGGUGUUUGACAGUGUGGAUAGAACAUUAUGGAACCUUCUUCGACUAUAUGAUGUACCUGCGAAGAUCGUCAACACAACCGGAAUUCGUACGACGGACUACACUGUGACGUCGUGGAUGGAGGACAGCUGACAGGUGCAUUUCAAGUGACGACCGGUGUCAGACAAGACUUUCGCCCUUUUUCUUACUUCCGGUGGUCGACUGAAUUGUGAAGACCUCGACAUCGGAGGGGAAGAACGGAAUACAAUGGACAGCUUGUGUGCAACUAGACGAUUUGGACUUCACAGAUGACCUAGCUCCUUUAUCCCAUACCCACCAACAAAUGCAUGUGAAGAUAGUCAGUGUAGCAUCAGUAGGUCUUAAUAUAUACAAAGGAAGAAGCAAGAUCGUAAAAUACAACACAGAGGACAACAACCCAAUCACACUUGAUGGAGAAGUUCUGUAAGAGGUGGGAACUUUCACGUAAUUGAGCAGCAUUAUCGAUGAACAAGGAGGAUCCGAUGGAGAUGUUAAGGCAAUAAUUGGUGAAGCAAGAAUAGCAUACUUACCGUUAAAGAAUGAUAAUAAGGUUUCAGUUGUCUAGUUGUAAUACGUAAAGGUUUUCGUAAAAUCAAAGCAGAUUAUUAAUUUUCUCAUUUUAUCUAAUAGUUAUUUGUAAGGGACUUUUGAAGAUUGGUUUUAUUGAUACAUCCUGGUUUUCAGUGGUACCUCAGAUAAGAUCGGUCUGGGAGAAAUAGGACGUAUAAUGUAUUAGUUUUUAUCUGCAAUGUUAUGUUUUAUGACUUUUUCCCGAUUAUUUAAUAUUAAUAAACGACUCAAUAAAUCACUUAAUACAUAGAUAUUUCACAUCAUGGCAAGAUACAUUCUCUGAACCACUUCCUCAUAAAAAUAUGCCGUGUUCUGAUUGGAACAAAAAAUGGGAUGAUUCAAAAUAUCGUACCUGCAAAAGCACUUCUUUUUAUUCCGAAGAUAAUGAAGGAGAAGAAGAAGAUAGAACUACUCAUCAUCUGUACAGAAACCCAAUUUCGGUUAAAUCUCAAAAACCCUGUCCAACUGGCACACAAAUAAACACUACACUUGACGAGCUAACUGAUCUUUUUACAACUGGCAGUAACUUCGAUGAACGUAUAGUUAACAAUUCUUCUAGUCACAUUAAUGAUGAAUCUUGGUAUAUAGGAAGUGAGUGAAUAUGUCUUUUUCCUACUCAUGCAUUUUAUUAUUAUUCAAGAAUUUAUAGUAUUCGGUUACGUCAUUUCUUAUGACACACUUUUAUCCAUUCAAAAAUAAAUUUUUAGAUAAUAUGUAAUUUAAGGUGUAUUUGCCGCGGUAAAACGAUUACGAAUACAUUCUGAUUAAAUAAAUUUUGAUUGGGAAUUUGUUAUUGUUUGUGUCCUUAGAAAGUUGUAUAAAUUUUUUGUAAGUUAUUAUUCUUAUUAGCUUCCAUUGUAUUAGUAAUGUGAAAAAAUUAACUUGUAUUAGUGUUCAUGAACAGAAGUUUGACACUAAAUGAAACGAAAUAUUUGUUCAGUUUUAGUUUUUUUUUCUUUUUGGAGAAGAAGAAGUAGAUAAAUGACCAGUAAUCUUGAUUUAAAUCUUCAUACGUGUGGAUGUUCAGUACUGGUUAGGACGUUUAAAUAUUCCUGAUUCUACAUGUCAUAUCCUGCCCUAUUGACGCUUCAUGAGUAUACGUUUUAACUCGAUUAUGUUAAUUGAUUCUUUCGAUACAAAUAUAAUUCAGUCAUAGUUCUAGCAAAUAAAUGCACAAAGUGGUUUAGUGAAUAGUUCUAGUUCAUUUAUAUUAACAGCAUUCGUUUUGAAAGACUGAUAGGACCCUGAAUCUGCACUCAAUCUUGGUAGUGAUCAGAUAUAAGUAACCGAGAAGUUCGUUUAUCUGGGUAACUGCUUAAGUGCUGGUAAUCGCGUGAGUGAUGAGAUCAAUCCACAUAUAGCGAAAGCCAGAGUGACUUAUGUCAAUUUGGGCCAUUUUUAGCGUCUUUGUGAUGUUGGUCUGGCUGUAAAAGAUCGAGUCUACAACGCAUCAAUGAGAGCAGUUUCGUGUUAUGCUUGUGAAGCCUAGUCUCUCUGAUUUGAGGGUGUUAAACAACUCAUUGUUGUCUUGGAAGGAUUGCCAACAUUCGAUGGCAACACCAUGUUAGCAAUCCACAGGUUUGGCAACAUGUGUUCGGACAUAUUGACAUCAAUUCAGUUGAUGUCACUGUCUUGAAACACUGAAUUCGGUGGCUUGAACAUGCUCUAUGAAUGUCGUCCCAGAGAACUACACAUUGUUCACUAUUUCCCGAUUCUGGGACUAGUUGGAAAAAACGGAGAGGUGGUCAGUACACGACAUGGUGUACGAAAGUUAUACAGGGCUGGCUUCUGUUGAUCGUUUACGACUUCCUGGUUAGAGUUCUAGAGCUUGUGCGAUUCUGUGACGUGAGGCGUUAUCAAAAAUGUCUCAGAAUAGAAGCCAGUUGCGAUUCUUAUGUAACUCUUUCUUACUUCAUAAAAGUGAGAGUAACUUCUUUAACGGAAGCAAUUUUUUUCUGGUUGUAUUUUUCCCAACUGAACUGCUUCUCCAAUUAUUAUUGUUAUUAUUAAUAAUAUUUUUACUUCGCUCUCAUACACUAAUUCCAGUUGAUUGUUGUUCCUUUUUUUACUGCAUUCACUUUCCUUUCUUUAUUUCCUCACAACCCCAUUUUUGUUUUGUGGUGCAUACAUAUUUGAUGCCCCCCUUGUACCAAUGUUUAUGUGUUCAAAUAAAUAAAUUCAUUUAUCAAGUGAAAAUUCAUGUACUAGGCUUAAACCAUGCUCUAAUUGUGUUAGGAUUAGCGUUACUGUCCAGUUACUCAAACUGAAGACAAGCGAGUUUCGAAUUCACGAUUUAGUUGCUGAAAUCCAUACGCCCAAAUCACUUAACUACUGCUCCGUCGACAACACAAACUAUUUCGACAAUGCAAUGAGAAAACGAAAGUUAUCAGAAUUAUGUGAUCUAUAUCUCGUACUAUCUGAUCACACAAUAUACUUGUUAAGACAUGUUUAUAAAGAAAAUAAAAGGUCAACUAAACAGAUUAAAGGUAAGCAGUAAUAAAGAAUAAUAAAGUACACAAAAGCAUUGUGAUAUUCACUCUAAAUAAUGAAUCAGUAUGUUAAGGGGUAGGUUAAGUGUAAGAAGAAAUUGUUUUUGAACCAUAAAGGGGGUUUCAUUUUCCGUAUGUGUUCAACCCUGGUAAUACUGACCUUUUAUUUUCUAUACAAAAAUCUCUUAAAAAGUGUGUAUGAUCAGAGUUUUCGAAAUGUAUUGCAUAAAUAUAUCACAUAAUUCUAAUAACUUUCGUCUUUUCAUUAGAUUAUCGAAAUUUAUUAAAAGGAGUAAUUGUUUUAAACAUGAACUAUCUUUAUAUUGUUUUAUAAUCAUUUAAUUAAGUAGUAAUGGAAUUUAAUUUUACUACUCACCAACCUCUGAUGAUUAUAAAGAAAAAAAGAUUUAUUUUUCAGCAAAAAAGCCAACAAACAUAGUUCGUAAUUAUUUUUUUCGAAUUCCUGGAGAAAGUAGCGAUGAAACUGAACAUACAAAUGAUUAUUCAUCUUCACCCACUUCAUUGUCAUGUUCAUAUCUAUCUUCUGACGUUUCUGAUUCAUCUAAUCAAUUUGAAGAUAAUCGAAAAACAAGUGAUACAUUCGUGAAUAAAGAUGUUUAUGAUGUUAAUGAUUCACAGAACAAUGAGAUUGGAAAGUCUGUACGAGAAUAUCGAUAUAUUAUCAUUCAAAUGGAAUUAUGUCCAUCCAAGUCAUUAAGAUAUGUUAUUGACUUCGAAAAUUUAUCAUGCAGUCCGGAUAGAGCUUGGAGUUUAUUCCGUGAAUUAACAGAUGGUUUGGCAUAUAUUCAUUCCAAAGGUGUUAUUCAUAGAGAUUUGAAACCAGCCAAUAUAAUGUUAGAUUCUAAUGAUCAUGUGAAAAUUGUAGAUUUUGGCUUGGCUACACGGACUGUACAAGAAAAACUAAUGAAUGCACGCCAAGCUGUUGCAGCUGAAUUCCAUAAAUGUAGUAAACAAACAGAAUGCUCAGAUUCUACACAACAGAUUCCACCGGUUGGACAUAAAGAAGUACCGAAUUCCACAGGUCAACAUGAAAAUACCACGAAGUUCGACGAUCAUUCCAUGACCCAUAACGUUGGCACCUUCUUAUAUAUAAGUCCUGAAGUUCUACUUUUGGAUUCUCAAAAAAAUCGUAUUUAUGAUGAGCGGGUUGAUAUCUACAGUUUGGGUAUUAUUCUUUUCGAAAUGUUUUAUCGUGCUAUGCCAACUGCAAUGGAACGUGUUUUGAUUCUUACUGAAUUAAGAAAAGAAAAGAUUAUCUUCCCAAAAGAUUGGUCUCAAGAUGAACUUGUCAAUCAGACUUGGUUAAUUCGUACUAUGCUACAACAUGAUCCAUCUAAAAGGCCAAGUGCCUCGGACCUACUAACUUCUUCACGUGUCCCACCAUUUAAGUCUACUGAAGCAGCAUUUAAAAAGCAACUUAUUGAGAUUUGUAAAACUCCUGACAGCAAUUUAUACCGUUUUGUUACGCAUACUCUUUUUUCUCAAGCUUGUUCAGGCGCAUCAGAUUUACUAUACGAUUGUAAUACAUGGAUAACUUCCGUUCAACAAGAUAUCAGUCAAAUUGAUGGGAGUUUUUUAUCACAAUUAUUAACUAAAGAUUGCUUUAUGCAAGACGAUCCAAAUCGUGCAUUAUUUAAUUUUCUUAAAACACGCAGAUUUAUUACACAUAUUGUGGAGACUUCAUUCAUUGCACACAGUGGUGUACUGUUGGAAUCCCCUACACUUGUCCCAGUUAUUCAUAGACCUUAUCAAACAUCAUGGUUUGGCCAAUCAAAACAGGAUAACAAUGAUUUGUUUGAUGUGAAUGAUAAUCAAAAUGCUGAGUUUUGGGAUCGUUUAUCAGCUGCUCCUGUUUUACUAGAUGAAAAUGGUUUGCCCGUUCGUUUGCCUGAUUCAUUACAUAUACCAUUUGCACGUUAUCUGGCUCGAUCAGGAUCAGUUUUACUUGAAAACAGAAAUGAAUCAGAUCCACUGAAGCGAUAUGAAUUUGCACGAACUUACCACAGUUCUUCAGUUUCAAAUUCAAGUGGACCGCAUAUGUUAUUUGGUUGUCCAGUAGAAGUUAAUCGAGCAACGUUUGAUAUUGUUUCUCUAGAAAACAGGUAGGUUUGUUAUUUUUGCCAUUAUUUUCAUCAUUAUCAUCUCUGACUCACGAAGUAAAACUUCUGUUCAACAGUAAUCCACGCCGUUCAUUUCAGUAAUCAUAGGAUCUGUUAAAUUCUUACGUUAAAACGUUUGUAACAUUUGGUCGGACUGGUCAUUGUAAUAUGCUUGUGUUAUUUCAUUGUAUAAUAUGAAUGCAGUCAGUUUCCUUUCGAAAUAAUAGUAAAAAUUAUUGAAACGAUCAACAGUUGAAUACGAAGCAUAAUAAACUAUAGUUAACAAUUUUAGGUGUAUCAUGUCAUGUUAACUUAUAUUCACAUGGGACCAUUAGGGAGAAAUAUUUCAUCCUAGUUGGGGAUUCUUCAGCAUUCCACACCGACUCUUCUAAGGAUCUAAACCACAACAUUCUGGUCUAACAACGACCUGGUCAACUGAGGUGGUUGGGACAUAUAUUACGUAUACCCGUCCUCUGAAUACCUCGACGAUGUCUAAUGUAGGAGUAGGUUAGAAGGAAGUUAAAUGUGGCCAAACCAAUACAUGCCAUCAGUCCAUAAAGUCAUUGACAAUUAGACCUUGUCAUGUUAUCAGGUGUAGACUACCUGGCUGGGGUCAGUAUGAUUAUCGUAACUAAUGGUUAGAGACUUUGGAUGACAUGACUCAAAAUGGUUCGCAAUGACGUGGGUGCAUUCAUUCUCUAUCUUCCUCCAAAUUCUAAGCUUCUGAAUUACCUAUAACUGUUUUUGUGCUUUUAUUUUACAAAUUUAUGUUUUCUUGAGUUGUAUCUUCAGUCAUUAAUCUUUCUUAUCAUCACUUAUACUUUUACGACUUCUACUAUUCUGGGACUUGAUCUGAUAAUUUAGUCUCUGUGUGCUAAUAGGGUACGACAACUUGAACCGAUGUACAUACGUACCAGGUUUUACGUUGGAACUGACUGACUGACAGUACAGUCUGUCCUAACUAAUUCAAAAAUGUUUUAUCAACGAUGUGCAACUUAAAAAGUGCUACAAGUACCCACAUGAAUUGUAUCACAAUCUGCCCCACUCUAAUCCACAUACUUAUACACAUAAUAUCUACUUCACGAAUAUGUGACAGUUGUACAGUGCUGGGACUUGUUCAUAUGUAUUCUCUCAUAGUUUCAUCGAACAUUCUACUUCACUAUAGAAAUGUGUAGGUCACAAAUAAUCUGAAGGGGUUAGGCAUCAUAAAUCUGAGAAACGUUAGAAAUUCUUUUCCCAUUCAUUUAUGAUACAAAAACUUUCCAAUUCUCAAUUUAUGCAAUUUUUUUUCAUAUAUUGCUAAUGAUACCUGAUUUUUGUGGGUUUUUUUUUAUCGCACAAUCCUUUUCGUGUUUAAACUUAUGUUCUACUUUCUAUUUUCAAAGCACUUACUGGGCCACGGAAUUGUUUGUCAUCUUACGUGAAGUAACGAAUAAACUGUUUCAGUCCAAAGUAUGUAAUUAAAUAUGACUCAUCCAUAUUUUUAGUUUAUUAUCCUUUUAAGUUGAUCGGUUCGUACAAUGUUGAUACCUGCAACCGAAUAUGUUUCUCAGCAGUAUGAAGUAUCUAUAAUUUCCAUUUCUAAAAUUUGUCAACAAAACGAACACAUGUUUUCAUGGUUUAAAUGUAAACCAAUGAUACACUCCGAACGGCACGAUUGACCUUGAGUCAGGGCCGAGAUAAUCUUGUCAGGAUGCAGUCCCUAUGUGUUCGCUUGCUCGAUAGUCAGAAUAGAACGAAGAUACAGAAUGUAGAUAACUUAUCUUCGUUCAGUUCAGUAUAAAACUCAACUCUCAUGUGACCUAGAGGUCUAAUUCACAAGGCAAUCGAGCAACGUUAGGAGAUGCGGUCAUAUGGUGGCUGUUGGCAAAUAAUAGGUACAUACAUCAUUUGUUCCCACAGGGUCCUGAAGCCUAUGUGCACCACUGGUCUGGAAUCAGGGUUUUCUAACUACCCUGGUUGGAUCCUCCGUAACCGUCAACCCGGUUUAAGCGCCAGUUAUCCUCCUUUUAUCCUCUCAAUUUCUCAAACAACUCCCCGCUGCGAGUAAGCAGUGGGUAUAUAUGCGUGGCCAUAUGAAAGUAUUUUGUAAGGGAGGGCGAGCUUUUCCACCCUCUGGCCACACUAAGGCACAUAGGACAUCUAAACAUGCUAUUCAACUAUACAUGUGAAAGUACUUUGUUGCUGUUAUCCAUUCUGGCCUUGAGGUGCUAAUGGAUUCAGUACGUGAAGAUAUCCUUUCAAUAAAUUUAAUCAUCGAAUGUCAAGAAGCAGCCUAUUCCUUUCCAGUUCGUUUAUUCAGAUUGUUAGGAUAAAGACCUGACUUCCAUGGUCUCAAAAUUUUCUUAGAUGUGAAUGAUUUCAAACAAUUCUAUCCUAGUCAUGAUAAUUUGUAGUUAAGAAAACACCUCCAGUGUUCUGUAUUAAAGGGUUACUCAUAUGAUCUCAAAUUAACUGGAAUUGAACAAUCCAGUACGAGAAAAGGUGUAUAUUACUUCAUGUUCUCACUAGCUCUACAUUUGGUAUGGUAAGAAAUAUCUUAGAAUUAGUUUAGUAACAUUGGUGAACACUCGUUCAACAGUGGAUUGAUCAGUUCAAGUUAAUGCAAAAAAUAUCUCUUGGUUUUAUGUCAUCGCUUCCAUUUUUAUUUUCUGUACUGAACUUUUCGAAAGGAAAUAUCAUUUUUCCUGUAUGUGAAUCAUACCAACCUGAUUAAAGCACUAUUCAAACUAGCUGGAAUUCAAUCUGGAUCACGUGCAACUGUUUGGCGUCAUUUAUCCGAAGCAAAUGCUGAUCCAAAACCUGUUAACCCAUCUACAUACUCAUCCUUCUUUUCAUCAGUCAAUUGUUCUACCACAUACUGUGCAACAGCAUCUUACUCUUCAUCUUCUAAUUCUUCACUAUCCGGAUCAUCACGGUUGAAUGAACCAACACGUUCGCUUAUUUUACCUGAAUAUUUAACAAGUAAACCUCGUGGACAUGCACAAAAGCGUUUUAUGAAAAUAAUUCGUCUAGAAUCUUCACAUAUUCACUAUAUACGUGAAGCAUUUAUUCAACAUUCCGCUCAGCAAUGUCAUUCAGUUAGUAAAUUAGUAGAUGGUGCUGUGAAAUUAUUGGAAGAGUUGACAGAUAUUUACACUAAAUUUGAUUGGUCAGAAAGGUUUCAUGUAUGUUAUGACUGUCACAAAUGUUUUGUCAGUUAGUUUUACUAAUAUAUAUCUCAAUUUCUAGAUAACAAACCAGUUUUAAAAAGACAUCAUUUUAAGCCCUCAAUUUUAUAUUUCUUCUAAAGACUCACUGAAUCAUCUAAAUACUUUUUUCUACAAUUACAAGAUCAUAAGCUUAUAAAUCUAUCCAAACUAAUCAUAUUUAUGAAACAUUGCUAAACUAACAUAGUAGAUAAGUGUACCCUUUACUAGUUGACAGAUUACUAUAAAGAAUUGUUUUGCGUUUGUUCCAAUCGAAAUAUAAGGAACAGAUUUUAAUAAUUUAAUAAUUGAAUUCAUGAGUCGAUUUAAACUAGAUCACCCUGGAAAACCUGGAAGCACUUGAUGGCCGUUUCGUUCUGGUAUUGGAAUUGUUUUUGUAUCUAUCCUUAUGAGAUAGUUUUAUUUCUCGCAAAUGAAUCACUGAUCAGUAGUUUUUUAAAAUCAUUUUUGAUAAUAGGGGGUUAUAGAAGUAGUACUACUUAAUUUUACGUUCUACUGUAUUCAUAAAAAUAUUCAAGGUACUACAUCUUCAUAUUUAGCCCUUAAACUUUUCAACAUAUUUGCUACUUUUAUUGGUCAGUUGUUCCAUUCGUUCAUUACUUUCAUCGAUAGUUACAUAUAUUGAUUAAAUCAAAAACAAUUCAUCUGAAAUUGAUUACUUAAAUAAUUGUAAGAUUUCCAGUUCUGAUAGACGCAAGAGUUAUCUGCAGCACAAAGCUUUAAUGAACAUUGACAUGUUUGUUUACUCGAUCGUUUCAAUGUUCAACCUUACUACACUUGGAGCAAGAAAAAUGUUUCCUUUCUAAUUUCCACCCAUCAUUUUGUUUUUGCUUCUUAGCUUCGAUUCACCCCUGGAUUAGUUCUUCCACAUCAUAUGUACAAUGGUUUAAUUUUUCAGUUGGUUGCAUUGGGUGAUUUAUCCCCUAAAUCGGCCAUGCCAAGUUCCUCUACCUCCAUCUGUUAUCCACGACAUCUUGAAGAUUCGUCAAUAAAAGUGAAUUCCAAAACCAAUAUCAAUAUAGCUUCAUCACGAAUAAAUGACACAUCUCCGAUAUUUUAUGUUUUAGGUCAAGGAGGCGAAUAUAACCAUUUAAUUGCUAAACACUGUGUACCGAAGGAAUUCUGUACCAUUCGACUACCAAGAAAAAUAUCCCGAUGUAAUUCUGCGUCUAAUAAUCUGGGUAUGACUGCAUUGACCAUAGAUAAGUGCCCUUAUGCUAUUGGUUUAAGUUUUGAUAUGGAUAGAUUAGUACAUUGUUACAUGACUUCGUUCUGCAAAAACACUAUACAGAUUUCGUAUAAUUUGCAUGAUUGUAUUAUAUUCAAUCCUAAAUGGCGCAUAUUACUUGGAUGGGAAUCACGUACUGUUGAAACUCUUCAUGAUUUAUAUACUUGCCCAUUUCGUAACCCUACGACUCAUACUCGUCGAUCCGGUCUAGGAUCUAGUCAACGUUCAUCGAGUGAAUGUAGUACUAACACUUCGACUAAUGCUAUGAAUACGAUGUCACCUCCAAAUAAUUGUGCAUCUGAUUUUUCAAACUCUGCUAACAAUAUAACAUUGCCUUACACUAGUGCCUCGGGUUCUCCGAACCCAACUUCAUCAUCUGAAUCAUUUGUACUGACCCAGAAUGUUUUAAAAUUAGCAUUUCAUUUAGCUCAAAUAUUUUGGAAUUUAAGUUGGACAUGUGAUUUGUUAACAAAAUCAGAUUCGGACCUAGUACGUGAAGCUGAAGAUCGAGAAGUAGAAUUUGCUGUUCGGGUUAUUUUAGUCAAAUUAUCCACAUCCGCUGCAACCAAUUUACCACUUGGAUCAAAGCAUUUAUCCCUUGUAACUUAUCAAAUAUGGUCUAGACAUAAUGCCACUCCGUUAAGUGGACAACAUGUAAUGGUUUUCGAAUUACGACGAUCUGAUCCAGACUCUGUAUUGAAUUAUUUCUAUUCACGCUUCCCAACAAAUGUACGUCGACCUUCAUAUGAUCCUGAUAAAAACUUUUUGUAUAUAUCUUCAAAGAAUUCAACAGAAUUGAUUCAUUAUUCAAAGGAUUUUUUGUCACAUCCUAACCCUGAAAAGACAAUCAUUUAUUGUCCUAGAUUAACAGAAUCCAGUAUACGCAUACCUGAUCAGACAGAUGCAAAAGAAAUAUCUACAAAUAUGUUAAAUAAUUUACGCCGUAGUUCUAACAGAUAUAACGUUCACGCGAUCUGUAAAACAUGUAUAUGCGAUGUAUGAAUUGAAUGACGUUAUAAAUGUGUUUGCCAACUCAAUGGUCGAAAACAGUUAAGCACUUCCCUUGUGGCUUGAAAGUCUUGGGUUCGAUCCCCGGUGGUUGAUAUUCACUUCUGAAGAGUUGCAUAUUAGCAUAAGAUAGUUAUCUAGUGAUUCCUGGUUUCAAUAAUUGUCUAACUGAGAUCAGUCCAUGAUGUUAAACUAAGUUUUGUCAUCCUUCUUCACAAGACAAAAUUUAUGACAAUUUCUUUUUUAUAAUUUCAGACAACAUUCAAAGCAUUCUAAACGUACAUAAAAGUGGAAAAGUUGAGAAAUCUCCACUACUAAACUCUUCUCAAAACAUUUUAGAAAAAAAAUAUAUUUAACAGUUCUAUUUAUCACCUUAUUUACAUUGUCUUUCUAUCCAUAUUUUCAUGCAUUUUAGAACGGAUGAUGUAAAAUCAAGAGUUCCUUUUUAUACAUUUAUCUUUGCUGGGAAACUCAAAUUUUACUUUUUUCUAAUUUUAAUAUUAAAGAGUUUUUUACCUUCAUUUUGUUAGUUGUACAUUGAUAUUUAACAGAUUGCUGCUAUGCUGAUAUUAUUUUGGUUAUCGUUCGAUAUUUUAAGGGUUAAUCAUGGGAUUUACUAUAACUAGUUUUGCAUAAAAGAUAACGAGGUGAGGGUUUAUUAUAUCAUUCAAGUUCAUCUCUUAUACAAUCGUUACAUAUGUGCCUUUUUAAAGAAUAUUAUUUGCGAAGGUUUGCAUUUUUCCAUUGCUAAUAUUUACAGCAGAUAGUGAUCAGUCGUUGUAUUGGGAUAUAAUCAUCCCGAUCGGAUAUUUUGAAAGUUCUAUUUUGGCACGUUUGAAGUGUGGCUAGCGAUCCAAUCCAGGACACGCGUGUUGUUCUAUCUGAAACUCGUUGGCUAUAGCUAUGUGAUUGCAUCUAGGUAUUGAUGUUCACAAUGAGUAUCUCACUGAACACCAAAGUAGAGCCAGCACUCAUCGAAUAUAUUUACAUUAACAGUCAUUUAAUUACUGUUAGACUAGAUGAUUCAAUCCGAGAGAAAAAGAGAGAGAAAGCUGACAUAGAAAACAAUGUCUCUUUGUAAUAAUAUUUUUCUACUGUCCUAUGGAUUUUAACAUUCGUUUAGUAAAAUUGAUCUGUCAAAGAAAUGGUGUUUUCUCAAAAACAAGUUUUUCAGGUGUUGUGAUGCUAGCUGGGUACUUGAAUGG